AUAGGUUCUUCUCUUUUUCAGGGUUUUAUGGCCGUCCAUGGUCUAUGGAGCAGAGGAAAGUACUUUUCAAAUGGUUACAGCGAUGGGGCCUCAACACUUACCUUUAUGGUCCAAAGGAUGACCUGAAGCACCGGAUGCUCUGGAGGGAGAUGUACUUGGAAGAGGAAGCAGUUCACCUCAAGGCCCUUAUACAAGCUGCUCAUGCCUGUGGCCUGCAGUUCAUCUAUGCCCUUUCACCUGGCCAGGACAUCAUCUUCUCCAACUCCUAUGAUGUGGUGCUGCUGAAACGCAAGCUGAGGCAGGUGGCAGGCCUCGGGUGUAAGGCCUUUGCCAUAUUAUUUGAUGACAUUGACCAUACCCUCUGCCAGGUGGACAAGGAUGUCUUCUCGUCAUUUGCUCAUGCACAGGUCUCAGUGGCCAAUGAGAUUUUCCAGUACCUGGAGGAGCCUUGCACGUUUCUCUUUUGUCCAACAGAGUACUGUAACUCCCUGUGCUAUCCCUGUCUGGCCAAGUCGGCAUACCUCAAGACCAUUGGGGAGGAACUUCUGCCAGGGAUUGGUGUCAUAUGGACUGGAACAAAGGUGAUCUCCAAAGAGCUGACAGAGGAGUCUAUCAAGGAAGUGCAAGAGGUGCUGCAACGACGACCACUGAUCUGGGACAACCUUCACGCCAAUGACUAUGACUCGAAGAUUGUCUUCCUCGGCCCCUUCAAAGGUCGCCCCAUUGGACUUGGGCCACACCUUCAGGGUCUAUUGCUGAAUCCCAACUGCGAGUUUGAGGCCAACUUCAUUCCUAUACACACCCUGGGCUCAUGGUUUAGAUCAAUUCACCGGAUGAGGAAACACUCAGCCAGGUCAGAUGGCAGUGCCAGUAAAGAGGAGUCUGGUGCAUAUUGUCCAGAGGAGGCCCUGAGCAGAGCUUUGCAGGACUGGACUGAGGAGAUUGGCAAAUCUGUACUUCCAGGCAGACAGACUCUCCCAGUGGAAGACAGGUCCUCAACCAACAGUGAACCAAAGAUGUCUGAAAAGCAGGGGUCUCAUAUAACCACCAGGUGGAGCCAUUGUAAAUCUUCUAUAGAUGUGCCUCAGGAGUCAACCGCAGAGGACUGUGAGAUCCCCAAAGGUCCUCAAGCCUUUCACUCUUCAGAAGGAAAGAGUGUGCCGUGUCAGAGUAAAGGUGCACCAGAUGUGAUAUCCAAUGAAACUGCCACUGUGUGGAAGCCCUGUGAGAUAGGAGAGGACAGAGAGCAAGAAACCCAGGUUCUCACUCAGUUGGAUUCUGCAAGCCAGGAAUUGGAAGCAUCUCAUGAAACACCAGGCCUGACUGAUCUUCGUCUACUGGUGGGGCUCUUCUACCUGCCAUAUGAGCAUGGGGACAAAGCUCAGCACCUUCUGAAGGAGUUCCAGUGGCUGAAAGCAAACAGCAGCUGUAUUAGCAUUGCUGUCAAGAAAGGCGACCCACAGAAGGUGGAUGAAUGGAGGUCUCGAGCACUUCACUUCAAACAAGAAUGUGACAAUCUCCUUCAUCUGCACAGUCGCAUCAUUAAGUCGACCAACCGGGCCUUUCUUUAUGACCUCUACCCCUAUGUGUGGGAUGUCCGCAACACCACACUGCUGGCUAAGGCCUUUGUACUGUGGCUAGAUGGCCAUGUGCUGAGUGACAACCACCCAUUUGGCUCUUGGAGGAACUGCUUUCAUUGGUGCCGCACUAUAGCCUCAGUGGAUUUGCUUGGAGUUGAGGUGGAACCCUGGGUCUUUAAAGGAGGCAUUUCAGGAGAAUUCCAGAUGAUGCUGCCAUUGGGGACCAGUCCUGAACUUUUCAUUCACCCACCACCCCUUUUCCCAGCAUCCCAGUCAUACAAUAUUCGCUCAUUUGCUUCCAAAGACAAGGCAGAGCUGUAUCGGAUCUGCAGGGAACUCCACCACAAAUCACUGGACCCCUCACACAGUCUAAGGAAACACCCUGAUCUAACAGGGGACAGUACGGUGGGCCCUCUUUUACACUUGAGCCCAGAAUACAGCUUUAUCUUGGAGGACGACCGAGGUCUAUGUGGUUAUGCCUUGGGAGUGAUGGACGUCAAGUCUUUCAUCAAGAACUGUGAAGCCACGUGGUUCCCUGCUAUGAGAGAAAAAUAUCCACAAGCAAGCUACACCGAGCUGCAGAAGGCCACCUACCCGGACUCCCUGCUCUACCACUUCCCAUCCCUGGUCCAUGUGGAGGUCCUGCCAGAUGUCUUGGAUUCCAGUGUGGCACGCUGCCUUGCCACCUGUCUCCUGCUGGCUCUCAAAGUGAAUGGCUCCCAAGGAGUGUUUUGUGAGAUGCUGCCCACUGACCAGCUACACCUGGAGUUUUUCACCAAGCUUGGCUUCUUGGAGAUUUUCCGCAGCGAUGCGGUUCACCACGAGGACAUUGUGUUGGGACGACUCCUCUAGCCUGCUCUGCUCAGCCACCCAACCUUUUAUACAGCGUGUCGGGGUGGGGAGUUUUUUCUUAUUGUUUUUAAACCCUUUUUUAAACCUCACAGGUUAACCCCCUGAGCACUUCAAACAACUUCUUUGAAUUUCUGAAACUGAAAUGACUGUUGACAAUGUCAAUGUGGAUUGUGAAAUGAGUUGUGUGGGUGUGUGUGUGUGUGUAUGUGCAGUAACUUCAUUCAUCGGAGAGCUACAGGAAUGUCGACAGCGUGUCACAUCUCAUGGCUGCAGUGUGCCUCAGAGGGACCCCUCAGUCCUCCAACUUGGACUAGCAAAGUGCAGUUUUUCAAGAUUGUGAGGCUUUUAGCAACUCACUUGAAGGAAAUGCUUGACUUGUUUCAAACUUGUCAAGUGCCUUCAGGCAGCUGCCAUGCCAUGCAGAGGGGACUGGGCGGUCUCGUGGCCUGGAACCCCUACAGAUUUUAUUUUUUUCUUCAGCUUUCUGGAGUUUUUGUUUUGUUUUGUUUUUUCUGUCCACCCUGGCCAUCGGACCUUACUCCUUUUC